ACUAAACAAGGCCUUUAUUAUUUUACAACCGGCGAGUUCGUUCCAGUUCCAGUCCUCCGCGGGCGGACGGCGCGGAGGGAGGAAAUCAGCCAGCGGCCCACACACACACGGCCGCAACCCGCAAUCGCCCCCCACGGCCCCACCACCUCACCUAUCCUCUUCUCCCCAAGAAUAGGCGAGCGAGCGAGCGGCUGGUCGUCGAAUCUAGGAGCCCCCGACCUGCGCGUCCGUCCGUCCUCCCUAAAUCCGGCCACGCCCGCCGGUGAGGAGAGGAGGAGGCGACGAUUGAUUGAUCAGUCACUCCCGAAUGGAAGAUUGAUCAGUCCCUGUCCAAGUUUCUCGGGGGUUGCCUUCCCCUUGCUUCCCCCCCUCGUUGUUGCUUAGUCCGGCUCGAUCUGGGUCGGUUCCAGAAGCUCGCUUGACGGCUGUUCGUCCGUCGCCGGAACCGCCACCGCCGGUUGGUUGGGUUAUACUCCGUUCCGUUACCUCUGUUUCGAUCUACUAUUUUCGAAUCUUUUAGGUCGUCGUCGUCAGCCCGGCGGCGGCUUCUGGAUUCCCGUCUGAUAUCAGGUCUGUGUUACGGGCCAUUUCUUCGCGUGCUCUGCUUCCGCUGGCCUCCGGCGAGUGAAUCCAGACCAUGGCCGAGAUAGAAGACGCGAUGGGUGCGCCGCCGACGGUGACGACAACGGAGUCCGAGGGCACGACCACAGAUGAGGACGUGCAUCUUUCGCCGACCUGCAUCUGCGGCGGCGCGGGCGGAGCUGGUGGUCGCCGGGGUGGAGGCCGCAUCAAGAUCCUCUGCAGCUUCGGCGGCCGCAUCGUGCCCCGCCCACACGACGGCGUGCUCAAGUACGUCGGCGGGGAGACCCGCGUCCUCGCCGUGCCUCGCUCCAUCUGCUUCCGCGAGUUGAAGAAGAAGGUGGAGGACAUGUUCAAGACGGAGGUCGCGGCCAUCAAGUACCAGCUCCUCUCCCUGGCCGAGGAACUGGACGUGCUCGUCUCCGUCACCUGCGACGAGGACCUGGUCCACAUGCUGGACGAGUACGACCGCCUCGAGGCGAAGCGUUCGCCGACCACGUCCCCGCGGUUCCGCGUCUACGUCUUCACGCCGCAGGCCGCCGCCGCCGCCGCGCCCACCGUGCUGCCCUCCUCCGCCCGCUACGCUGGCCUGUCGCGCCUCCACCCGCACCACCACCACCACCAUCAGCAACAACACCACCACUUCCAGCCGGAGGAGCGCUACGUGGCCACCGUGCCGGCCUCGCCCGACGGGAGCCCGCCGUUCUCCGCGCAGACGCACGGCGCCGUCUCGGCGGGCAACUCCCCGCGCGCCAACCCGCCCACCGUGUUCGGGUUCGGGAUGCAGCGCGUCCGGAGCUCGCCCAACCUCAGCACCCUGGACGCGGCGGCGCAGCGCCUGCACCAGCACGGCGUCGACGGCAGCAUACCGGGCUACGUGAGCGGCUCGCCAAGGCACGCAGGCGCGGGGCCGGGGCCGGGGCCCAUGCUGUUGCAGAACAACUUCCACCACUACCAGCAGUACCCGCCGGCGCCCGUGCCCGUGCCCGUUCCCGUGCAGCACCACGGCGGCGGGCGGUACGACGCGCGCGGGUACGUCAGGGUUGGGAACUACAUGGCGCCGAUGGUGCCCGCUACCAGGCCGCUCUCGAGGGGUGGACCGCCGCCGCCGCACAGCGAGAUGGUGACGCCCAAGAAGUCUGCGAUUGUAUGGGACUGACCCGGCCGCCGGGGCCGGCCGUACGCCGGAGGGAGCCUGUUGUAAUGAAUUUUGCUAUCAGUAUACGAGGGGCAGUGAGUUGAGUGCUAUGAGUUCUUGAGAUUGAGAUGUGUAACGUGUAAAUAGACGGUCGGAUGUAUGGAUGCACGCGGCCUUGUUUUAGCUGUUGCGAGUGUGUCCACGCUAAUAUGUUUGUGCGUUUUUCACUCGUCACACCAGCAUGUUCGCCGGCCGAAACAGUAAAGCAUAGACUGUUUAACA